CGCGUGCGCGCGCCUCAGGGAGCAGGUUGAGGCUUCCAUUGCUGCUGCAUUCCGUGGCGAGAAUGAUUCUAUUCCUCCAUUCUUUGGUGACGCCUGCGGAUUAGAUGAUGGAGCAUCUGAACAUCAUAGCGUUCUGGCCCGAGAGAGCAAAUGCCCGGUAUAUAAAGGACUAGCGGGAUUCCCCAGACAAGUCUUUAGAGGGCCACAUCGCUCAGGAGUAAAACAGUUUCUGUGAGAGACAAACAAAAGGUCGAUGUGUUCUUAGGUUCCAAAGAUUUCUCCCUGGAAUCAGGACAGAAAGACGUCAUGACAUAUUGAGUUUCUUAAUAUAGCAGAAGAUGAUGGAAUCAUCCAAGAUAUCAUUUGAGGAUGUGGCUGUAGACUUCUCCUGGGACGAGUGGCAGCUGCUUAGCCCUACUCAAAAGAGUUUAUACAGAGAUGUGAUGUUGGAGAACUGCAGCAGCCUUGUCUUCUUGGGUAAUCAAACCAUCAAACCUGAUGUAGCUUUCAAGCUAGACCAAGAAGAGUCACGGAUAAUGGAUGAAGAAAUCCUAACUCAAAACUUUUUAGAAAUCUGGCUAAACAGUAAUUCUGAGCCAUGGCCUCAAGAUAAACAAGACAAGCUUAAAAGGAUGGAAAGAGGCAAUGGAGAUAAUGUUUUGGAGAAACUGUUUCAGCCAAGCAUGAACUCUGUUUAUUUAGAAAUGAGAUUCCAUAUAUGUGGUACAAGUGAAAAGAAUGUAAAAAAUCCUUCAAAUUUUUUUAUUCCAAAAAGUAACUGUGGAAGAAUAAAAAGUAAAGUCAGUAAGAAAUUAUUAUUUUAUCUAAAAUUUGACAGAUCCUACAGUAAAAGAAAAUUCCAUGAUUGUAAUAAGUAUAGAAAAGCAAACAGUAAUGAGUCACAGCUUGUUACAAACCAAAUGACACAUUCUGGGAUCUAUUUAUGUAUGGAAUGUGGUAGGAUUUUUAACAAGAAAUCACAGCUUACUGUACACCAGAGAAAUCAUACAGGAGAGAAGCCCUAUCAGUGCAAUGGAUGUGGGAAAACUUUUGCACAAAAGUCCCUGCUUGCUCUUCACCAAAAGAGUCACUCAGUAGAACCAGAUGGUUGUGAUGAACGUCAGAAGGCUUUCAGUGGGAAGUCCCUGGUCAUUCAGCAACAGAGAACUCAUGCUGGACAGAAGCUCUGCACACAUGGGAAAGCCUACAGCAGGAAGUCACAGCAAAACAGGCAGGAGAUAAUUCACACAAUGGGUAAACCUUAUCGUUGCAGUGACUGUGGGAAAGCUUUCUCUCAGAAAUUGAAACUCAUCAUUCACCGAAGAACACAUACAGGAGAAAAACCCUAUAAAUGUAGUGAGUGUAGAAAAGCUUUCUUUUGGAAUUCACAACUUAUUACUCAUCGGAGGUCACAUAGAGGGAAGAAACCUUAUGUAUGCAGUAAGUGUAAAAAAGCCUUCAGGAGGAACUCACUUCUCAUUAGGCAUCAAAGGAUUCAUGCAGGAGAGAAACCACAGAGAAGCAGGGAAUGUGGUGAGGCCUUCAUCAGAAAGGCACAACUUACUAAACAUCGCAUGACCCAUACAGGAGAGAAGAGCUAUCAGUGUUAUCACUGUGAAGAAGCCUUUUUCAAGAAGUCACAGCUAAUGCGACAUCAAAAAACUCACUUAGGGGAGAGACCACAUAGAUGUACUGAGGGUGGAAAAACAUUCCCUGAAAAGUCACAGCUCCUGACACAUCAAAAAAGUCACUUAGGGGAGAGACCACAUAGGUGUACUGAGUGUGGAAAAACAUUCCCUGAAAAGUUACAGCUCCUGACACAUCAAAAAAGUCACUUAGGGGAGAGACCACACAGGUGUGCUGAGUGUGGGAAAUCAUUCCCUGGAAGGUCGCAGCUCCUGACACAUCAGAGAACUCACACGGGGGAAAAACCUUACAAAUGCAGUGAGUGUGGAAGGGGCUUCUCUCAGAGGUCAAGCGUUGUAUCACACCAGAGAACACAUACGGGUGAGAAACCCUACAAAUGCGGUGACUGUGGGAAAGCCUUCACUGAGAAGUCAAGCCUCCUUCAUCACAAGAGAACCCACACUGGGGAGAAGCCCUUUGAAUGCAGUGACUGUGGGAAAGCCUUUGCAUGGAAGCCACAGCUCCUUCGGCAUCAGAGAAUUCACACGGGGGAGAAACCCUUUGAAUGCAGUGAGUGUGGGAAAGCAUUUGUUCAAAAGGUGCAACUCAUUAAGCAUCAGAGACAUCAUACAGGAGAGAAGACCUAUAAGUGCAAUGGUUGUGAAAAAGCCUUUUUUGAGAAGACACAGCUUAUGAUCCAUCAGAAAAUCCAUACGGGAGAGAGGCCCUAUACUUGUGGUAAAUGUGGGAAAUCUUUCACUAGAAAAUCACAUCUAAUGAGGCACGAGCCAAUUCACACAAGAGUUAAGUCCUAUAGGUGCAGUCAGUGUGGUGGUAUCUUCAACAAGAAGUCACACCUCAUCAGACACCAAAAAGAUCAUACUGUAGAGGCCAUAUAAAUGCAGGGAGCUUGGAUAGAUGCUGUCAGGUUCAGAUGUCCCCCUAAUACUUCUUGAGAAUAUGCAAAAGAGUCCAUCAAGACCAUGACUGCUGAAAAUCUUUAGGAGUUGGGGAUCAGAAUGUGGAAAAGAGACUGUAGAGACAGACCCUGUGAAAAAUCAUUUUUCCAGAAGACACAGCUUAGUGCGCCUGAGAUAAAUUAUGGUAACACUGGUUUCAGUGCCUCUUGUGAUAGUGCUAGAGCCUCUACAGAAGUUACAAGCAUUGAACAGGAGAAAAGCCAUUACAGCAGGCAAACCAGAAAUCUCAUCCGAAAGGGACAACCCAUUGACCACUAGAGAGUGCUAACAAAGAAGGCCCUGAAUAAGAGUUCAAACUGAUGAUUCAAAGACUGUGAUUAGUGUGAUCCUACUCAAGUGAUUUUGGUGAGGGAGUUGUGUUCAUUACAUAUAAAUUAUUUCCAAAAAGUUGCCUGUUUUAACCAGCGAAUGUGUUUAUGGAGACAUCUGCUUGCUACUGUGGAGGAGUAAUAGACCAGAUGGACUCUCCUGCCUUAAACAGCUAGAAACUGUACAAUACAUGUGAAAUAUUGUUUAAUGUUUUUAAUUGCCAUCUAGAAGUUGUAUGUAUUUUGGAGGUAAAGUAUGUCAUUUCAAUAUACAUACAUAAUGUGCAAAGAUCAGACCUGGAUAAUUGACAUAAUGUGUAUUAUAUCAAUUUAUAUAUUUAUCAUUUUUCUGUUAGGAAUAUUCAGAAAUCCUA